UUGGGGGUCAGAGGGGACUGGGAGGAGGAGGGAACUCCUGCCGGGGGGGGGCGCCACCCGCCUCCGGCCUGGUCCUCUGUGCUUCCCCCUUCCACCCAGCUCUGGUUCCCAGCGCUGUCUCAAGCCUCGGCUAAGGCCGAGAGAGUGGGGAGGCGCGAGCCAGACAGGGCACAUGCGCAGACGGCCCCUGCGAACUACAUUUCCCAGAAGGCAGCGCGGCACGCUAGCUCCUAGAGUCUUUGCCCCCAUCCUCUGCCUAGCCAAGCGUGGACCCCAUAGUCUGCCCGGACACUGGCCAGAGAAGGAGGGUCGUCCCAGCCCUGGUCCAUCCACCGCUGGACAUCCUGGUGACCAGCCCUGCCCAUCCCCAAGCAGAAGGGGCCUGGAGGAGGAGGAGGAGAUGGCCCCCGUGUUCCCGGCAGCCAGUGCCCACCAGGGCUCUGUGACGUUCGGGGACGUGGCCGUGGACUUCUCUCAGGAUGAGUGGGGGCACCUGGACCCUGCUCAGAAGGAGCUGUACCGUGAGGUGAUGCUGGAGAACUAUGGGAACCUGGUGUGCCUGGGACUCGCAGUUUCCAGACCUCAUGUGAUCGAGCAGUUGGAGCGAGGGGAAGCGCCUUGGCUGCCACGGGGAGCUGUCCCAAGGAGCUGUGAUCUAGAUUGGAUGACUAGGCCUGAAAUCAAGGAGUCAUCUUUAAAGCCGAGCUUCUCUUCGGAAGACUCAUCCCAGGAAAGAUUUAUAAGGGAUAGUGCCUAUGUCUUCAGUUUGGAAGAAGCUUGUGAAUUUGAUGCCAAUUCAGAAAGACAGCAGAGCAGUAAAGAAAAACUUUUCCAGCAAGUGAAAAUGAUCCAAAACAAAUCUCCAGAUGAAGUGAAAGGCAGGGAAUAUGAUAAAAAUAACAGAUCCUUCAUAUCAGGGCUAGCACUUUUUCCAUCACAGAGAGUAAGCAUAGGAAGAAGACUCUAUGAAUUUGAUGUUUAUAGAAAAAGCUUAAGUGCAUGUUCAGACUUAAAACAAUAUGAUAAUAGAACUUCCUCCAAAAAUAAGAUUGUUUUUAAGCAUAAUGAACUUAAUUACUUCUUAAGUUACAAUUCAGAUCUUACUGAAACUGAUAGAAUACAUUCUAGAGGGAAAUCUCAUGAAUGCAGUGAAUGUGGCAAGGUCUUCCAUCAGAGCUCAGAGCUUGUUCAACACCAGAGAAUUCAUACUGGAGAAAAACCUUAUAAGUGUAAUGAAUGUGGGAAAUUCUUCUGCAGAAGCAGAAAUCUUAUUCUCCAUCAGAAAAUUCACACUGGAGAGAAACCAUAUGAAUGUAAAGAAUGUGGGAAAUUCUUCCGCCAAAGUGCACACCUUAGUGUGCAUCAGAAGAGUCACACUGGAGAGAAACCUUAUGAGUGUAAAGAAUGUGGGAAGGCCUUCACUCGGAGUAGGAACCUUAUUCUUCAUCAGAAAAUUCACACUGGAGAUAUACCAUAUGGAUGCAGCAAAUGUGGGAAGGCUUUCUGCCAAAGCACAGAACUUAUUCUCUAUCAGAGAAUUCACAUUGGAGAGAAACCAUAUAAAUGUAAUGAAUGUGGAAAGUUGUUCCACCAGAGUGCACAUCUUGUAGUACAUCAAAAAAGUCACACUGGAGAGAGGCCUUUUCAGUGUAAUGAAUGUGGGAAGGCUUUCUGCAGAAGCAUAGAACUUACUCUCCAUCAGAGAAUUCACACUGGAGAAAAACCACAUAAAUGUAAUGGAUGUGGGAAAUUUUUCCGCCAGAAUUCACAUCUUAUUGUACAUCAGAGAAGUCAUACUGGAGAGAAGCCUUAUGAAUGUAAGGAAUGUGGGAAGGCUUUCCACCAGAGUUCACACCUUACUCAACAUCAGAGAAUUCAUAGUGGAGAAAAGCCAUAUGAGUGUGAUCAAUGUGGGAAAGUCUUCCUCCAGAGAGCAAAGCUUACUGAACAUCAGUCAAUUCACACUGGAUAUAAGCCUCACAAAUGUAAUGAAUGUGGGAAAGCUUUCCAACUGAGCUCACAACUUAUUAUACAUCAGAGAAUUCAUCUAGGAGAAAAACCCUUUAAAUGUAAUGAAUGUGGGAAGGUCUUUAAUCGGAAAAAAAACCUUAAGAUACACCAGAGAAUUCAUACUGGAGAGAAACCAUAUAAAUGUAACAAAUGUGAAAAGGCUUUCUGCCAGAGCGUAAACCUUAUUCAACAUCAGAGAAUUCAUACUGGAGAGAAACCUUAUGCAUGUAGUGGAUGUGGGAAGGCCUUUGUCCAGAGUAGAAGUCUUACUCUUCAUCAGAAGAUUCAUACUGGAGGGACACCAUAUGAAUAUGGGAAAUCUUUCUUUCAAAGCACAGAAGUUACUCUCCACCAGAGAACCCACACUGGAGAGAAACCUUAUAAAUGUAAUGAAUGUGGGAAGUUCUUUCACAGAAGUACACAUCUUGCUGCACAUAAGAGGAGUCAUAUUGGAAAGAAGGCUUAUGAAUGUAAGGAAUGUGGAAAGGCAUUCCAGUUGAGCUCACGACUUAGUAUGCAUCAGAGAAUUCAUCUUGGAGAAAAACCAUAUAAGUGUAAUGAAUGUGGGAAAUUCUUCCGACAAAAUGCACAUCUUAAUUCACAUCAGAGAAUUCAUACUGGAGAAAAACCACAUAAAUGUAACAAAUGUGAAAGGGCCUUCCGCCAGAGCUCAGACCUUACUCAACAUCAGAGAAUUCAUUCUGGAGGAGAGAAGUCUUAUGAAUGCAGUGAGUGUGGGAAAGUCUUUGUCCGGAGCAGAAGUCUUAUUCUACAUCUGAAGAUUCACAAUAGAGAAACACGAUAUGAAUGUCAUGAAUGUGGGAAGACUUUCUGCCGAAAUGCAGAACUUACUCUCCACCAGAGAAUUCACACUGGAGAGAAACCUUAUAAGUGUAAUGAAUGUGGGAAAUUCUUCCGCCAGACUGCACAUCUCACUGCACAUCAGAGAAGUCAUACUGGAGAGAAGCCUUAUGAUUGUAAGGAAUGUGGAAAGGCAUUCAGAAUGAGUUCACAACUUAUUCUCCAUCGGAGAAUUCAUCUUGGAGAAAAGCCUUAUAAAUGUAAUGAAUGUGGGAAGUUCUUCCGCCAGAAGCCACAUCUUAUUGCACACCAGACAAUUCAUACUAGAGGGAAACCUAAUGAACAGGGAAAGGAAUUUGACCAGAGCUCAAAUCUUAUUCAAGCAUCAGAUUAACUCAUACUUGAAAGAUACUGUAUAAAUGUGGGAAGGCGUUUCAGAGCCCAGAGCUUCUCUCUGACAUCAGCCAACUCAUUCUGGAGAGAAACUUUAUAAAUAUAUUGAAGGUUAGUAGGCAUUCCAUCUGAGCUGACAAUUAGUGUGCCUCAUAGUACUUAUGUUAGGGGAAAUUCUUUAAAAUGUAAUAAAUGUGGAAAGGUCUGCUGGAGAGAAAACCGUAAUGUACAUUAGAAAACUCACAGGGGAUAGGGAUAGGGACUAGAUAUGUUGCUUCAUUGACCCAGGAACCUCCCAGAUGAGGAAACACUGUCUACGAAGACUUUGUGCCUUCUCUACAACAUAUAAUCUUAGAUUGUUACUUGGGAAAACCAAGUGAUGUCCCCAGAUUAACACAAUUAUUUAUUAGUGGUGGUAUUUGCAACCAAGUCUUCCUCAGUUUGAAACAAGCUCUUUCCAUAAUGCCACAUUUGCCUUUUAAGAAUUGCUAAUGGUGCUGUCUUACACAUGUAAUGAUUAUGGGAAGGCAUUUUGCCUAAGCUUAAAAUUUAGCGUAUACCAGAGAAUUUAUCUUGGGGGGAAAAAAAACCCUUAAAAAUAUAAUGAAUGUCUUUAGGUUUUUGAUAAAAGAGGAAACCUUAAUGUACAUCAGGUAAUUCAUUCUGGAGAGAAACCUGAAUUCGUUGAAUGUGAAAAUGCUUUCUGCUAGAACACAGAAUUUACACUCCAAAUAAUUCACAUUAGAAAGACAAUGUGUAAUGAGUGUGGGAAAGUCUUCACGGUUAUGCUUAUAGUUUAUUCAACCUCAGAUGUUUCAUACUAGAUAGAAAUUUUAUGAAUGUAAUGAGCAUCAGCAGUUUUUCCCUCAGAGCACAUACUUUAUUUUACAUCAGAUAAUUGUAACUAGAGAACAACAGAAUAUGAGAAGUCCUUUCAACUGAGAAUAUUUUACUCAAUAUAAGAGUUCACAUUGGAGAGAAACUUAAUGAGUAAUUAUUGAGGGAAGAUUUUUCCUCCAAAUGCCUUACUCUUCACCCAUCUAUACAGGAGAGAGAAAACACUUUCUUUUAAUCAAUAUAGAAAACCCUUCAAAGCACAGAUCUUGUUCAGUCAUUUCAGUCAUGUCUUAACUCUGGGUGAUCCCAUUUGAGGUUUUCUUGGUAAAGAUACUGGAA